GCCCUUUUGUAUUUUCUAAAAUGUUUGUUAUUUCCAGUCCAAUUUCGAGAUCAUACUAAGACAAGUUUUGAUAUUCUCCUAGGAGAUGGGGCUAAUGGUGUCACAGUCCAUGAGGAGAAUAUACAGGAGGAAAUGGGUCCAGGUAUACUAGGAGAACUACUAGUCAAGGGAGACACUAUUGCUAAAAGGUUCUGGAAUGAUGGGGAGGAGAGGGAUGUAUUCAGCUAUGAUGGUUGGAUACCAACUGGGGAUAUCCUACUCUACGAAGCUGGAUGCUAUACUGUAAAAGGCAGAUUAAAUAUAAAGACAAUCGAACGAAAUGGAGAGCUUGUAAAUGCUUUAGAAAUAAAGAAGAAACUAUUAAGUAAUCCUGAUAUUGACGAUGUUACAGUUGUGGGUCUUGGGGACACAGAUGCAGAGCAGAAGAUUGCAGCUUUGCUAGUUCUCAAUAAAAACAGGAAAAUGGAUUUGGAAAAAAUUCUAGAAUGGUGCAACAGUAAUAUGUCCAGGAAUAUGAUUCCUUCAGUGCUGAAAAUUGUGGAGAACAUCCCUAGAAAUAGAACAGGUCAUGUUGACAAGAUGCCUCUUUUCAACCAGUUCCCUAACAUUCCUGUUCUAUGCUUUUUUGAUUCAAAGCUGUAAAUCAUGUUUCAUCAUUCAAGAAGAAAGAAGAAAACAUUGCCAUGAUUUAAAUCUUCAAACGGUUCUACGAUCACACCAACAGUUAACUUAAACUACUGUGCGAGUGAAUGAAAAAAAGUAGUAGAGAAAAUCGGAAUUCUUAUAAAAUCAACUGAAAACAAUUGUGAAACAGACUGGUUCAAUCAUAAAACAAUUUAAAUGGUUUCAAUAGUGACUAAAUAUGUUCAAAUGGGUCAAGAAUAACCCACUUCCAAAGGAUUUGAGGGUGGUUAAACAGAUCCAAAGGCUCACAUUUGCGUGAACUGAUCCCGAAGUUACUAUUUUCAAGUUUAUGGGACAAGAACAUAUCAAUGUCAAAUGUUGGAUUAAUGACCUGAAAUAUCCAAAGGUUUUCAUUUAAGGCCUUGAUAAAGAACCCCCUGCUAUUACUGAUUAAAAUUGUAAUAAAAUACGUCCUAACACAUUCUUUCUAUGGAUUAGAUUAGAAAGUAAAUGUUUCUAAUGAUUGAUUUUUUCAAAGAUUUUCUUUUGAUGAUUUAAAACAAGAAUGUCAUAUUGAAAUUGGUGUUAUUCAAAAUGGGUAAUUAUAUCAAAAGGUUAACAUAUUAAUGGUUUUGUCCAAUUUUGUUCAGAUCAAGAAAAUAAAAUCACUGUCAAAAUGUCAAAGCUUCUAAUAUUGAAUGGAUUGAUAACAAACCUUCCUGAACCAAUAAUAAUCAAUUGUUAAUGGUUCUAAUAGUGAUUAAACAUGUGAAAAGGUUCCUGUUUGAGGCUUAAGGUUCAAGAAAACUUAAUUUUUUUCCCGGUUGUGAUUAAAGAGAAUGAAAGAUGUUUUUUUUGCUUCAAGAUUAUAACUUGCAAUUCAAUAAAAUGACGUAGAUAAUGUUA